AAAGGAGUGGGACCAGCACAGGACACCAAACUCAACUGCAGAGGCAAUUCCACUUCUCCUACCUGAGAUGUGCAGGGGUUAUGGAAAGAUGAAACCCAAGAACUCCGGCCAACUCUCUGAGGACCAGGGGAGGCGGAAACCACCCCCCAGCCCCCGCAUCAAACCAGGGUCCCCUGGUCAUCCGGACGGGGGGGAGGCAGUUCUCUGCUGGCCUCUGCCCCCUCCUCGGGAAGCCCAAAUUGGGCUCGCGGCUAUUGGCUCGACCUCGCCGAGCCAGUGGAGACCGCAAGGGAGCAAAAAGAGCCCCUUUCCCAAAAGAGACGAGGAGGGACGGAGCAGGCAGGUGGCCGCAGAAGGAGCCCUGCAAUGCGAAAGUCGCCCGGCCCGGCUCGCCGCGGCCCCUGCCGGCAGGUCUGGCUGGCGCGCCAGCCAAUCGUCCCAAGAGUCCCCGACCCUGGUUCAGCCACCCCCAGUACUACCACUGAUCUAAAUGCGGAGGGUCCACCGGAAACCCCACAUCGGCUCCCCAAGCUCCAAGCCCUCCCACCCCGGACGCGCGGACAGGCCCUGGGCGCAGCGCUGCGCCAGGACAGGGUUCUCGGCGCCUUUCGGAGGGACCCGGACCCCGGCUCGGCCGCGCGCAGCUCGCGCAACAGGCGGCGCCUCUGGGCUCCAGCGACGGCGGGCGCGGGGACCGGACACCGGACAGGAGCCCUGCGGGACCGUGCACCCGCGACCUUGACCACCGGGCGGCGGGGGCGGCAGAAGGCGGAGGGAGCUGCGGCCAAGUUGCGGGGUCUCCCGGGGAAGUGGACGGAGCGCGCGGGGAGGCGGGACCGAGGUCCUCGACUUACCGAGUCGGAAGAGGUGGCUGGACAGACGCUCCGAGCGAAAGGAGAACGGGUCGGGUCCAGAGGACGGACGCGCAGAAGGAGGUGCCUUCGGCCGAGGCUGGGGAGCGAACCCGGACCUCGGGGAGGGCGGCGCGCGGUCCGGAAGGCAUCGCCGCCCUCUCCGCACUGAGCGAGAACGCUCGGGCCGGGAGGGAGACGGGCUGG